AUGGAGAGAAUUAAGGAAAAUAGUCCUAGUAUCCUAACAUUUCCAUGGUUAGGUUUUGGCCAUGUAAAUCCCUUUUUGGCACUAGCCAAGAAAUUAUCAAAAAUGAAUUUUCACAUAUAUUUUCUAUGUACAUCAAUUAUUCUCAAAUCUAUCAAGGAAACCCUAGAUAAAAACUCAACUAAUUAUAAUCUCUCCAUACAACUUGUUGAAUUUCACUUGCCUUAUUUGCAUGAGUUACCUCCUCACUACCAUACAACUAAAGACCUCCCUCCCCAUCUUAACUCCACUCUUAUUCAAGCCUUCCAAAUGGCUUCUUCCAAAUUUCCAAGCAUAAUUGAAACCCUAAAACCUAACCUGAUUAUAUAUGAUGGGUUCCAACCAUGGGUAGCAACUAUGGCUUCAUCAUGCAAUAUUCAUGCUAUUAUGUUUUAUGUUUCUUCAACUUCAGGUCUUGCCUACCUUUACCACCAAUUUCUUCAUGGGACUUCAAACCUUACAUCAUUUCCUUUUUCUUCCAUAUACCUUCAUGACUAUGAGAUCAAGAAAUUAGGCAUACAACAGAUAAAACCACGUGAUGAGAAAGCUUUUGCAUACAUGAUCCUUAAAUCUUUUGAACAAUCUCACAACAUUAUUUUGUUGAACACUUGUAGGGAGAUUGAGGGAAAGUAUAUAGAUUAUGUUUCUACCAUAGGAAAGAAGGAGUUGAUACCAAUUGGACCAUUAAUUCGCGAGGCGACCAUAGGUGAGGAGGAGGAUUGGGGGACAAUUCAAUCAUGGCUAGAUAAGAAGGAAAAAUUAUCAUGUGUUUAUGUAUCAUUUGGAAGUGAAAGCUUCUUGUCAAAGCAAGAAAUUGAAGCAAUAGCAAAAGGGCUUGAGCUAAGCAAAGUUAAUUUUAUUUGGACAAUCAAAUUUCCAAAAGGGGUGAACACAACAAUGGAAGAAAUGGUUCCACAAGGUUUUCUUGAAAGCACAAAGUCUAAUUUUCAACCAUUCAAGCAUUGGAGGUUUUAUAACUCAUUGUGGAUGGAACUCGAUUUUAGAAAGCAUGAGUUUUGGCAUACCAAUAAUAGCCAUGCCUAUUAA